GGAAAUGCGGCGGCUGCGACCUGCGGGCGGCGAGUCAAGACAGGUGUCUGACCCCGCUCCUGGGCCGACUUCCUCAGCCGCCUUCUAGUGUGUGGCGGGUUCCCGCCCAGGGAAGGUCUCUGGCCUGGGAUCCCGCAACCCCCGCCUGCGUUCAGGGGCAGAGGGACCAGCCCCUCCCCUCGCUUCCCGGGCCAGCCUUUGGAGCCUACCGCAGCGGCAGUAGCCUGGACGCGCAGGGGUCGCGGGGUCGCAGGAUCACCAGUCGCGGCAAGGGAGGUAGAACUCUGCGGAGCUGGCGGGCGCCGAGCCCUGGUGCGGGAGGUGCCCGCUCAGGAGAAGGCCUGGACUCUGGCUGAGGCUCUUCUCCUACACCUUCCUGCCCCUUUUGGACCCAGUGCCAGGCCUUACGAACAGUGAAGCUGGCUGGAAGCCGCUCCUCCACCCCCUACCCUACUGUCCCGCCCAGGGCCCCGCAGCCUCGCGGUCAGCUGUGUGGGCCAUUGAUUGCCAGUUCUGCCCAGCUCAGAACGAGUUGUGGGCGUGGAGGGGUCUCCUGCCUGGCUGUCUCCUGUGCUCGGCUAGGGAGCCCUUACAUAGCCGAAAGGCUGGAAUGCUUGGGUCUUGUGGGUCAGGUCUGGGACCUCGUUUUUGUCCUGGAGCAGAGGGAAUACGUGUCAUGGUAAUGAGAAUGCCCACAGGGCCCCCUGAGGGUAGCCCAGAGUGUGUGGAGAUGGCUGGGAAAGGUGAGGCUUCACUUUGGGGGGUCAGGUAGGUGAGGGCCUGUCACUGAGGUCAGAGGAGCUGUGGGCUGGGCCUGGUGGUGGAGGCAGGUGCCUGUAGUCUCAGCAAUUCAAGAGGUGGAAGUGGGAGGAUCACUUAAGCCCAGGAAUUCGAGGUUACCGUGAGCUAUGAUCACACCAAGGCACUUCAGCCUGGACACCAGAGCAAAACCCUGUCUCUAAAAAAUUAUUAAUUUAAAAAGAGGCUGUGGGCAGGGGCAUACUAUUCCCAGUUAGCGUUCAGCACAGUCCCCAGCUUGUCACUGUUACCCGUCUGCUUCCCCCACACACCCAUGGCUAUGCUGGGCUGGCCCACAGGCAGCAGUGCCCUCAUAUUUAUCCUGCAGGUGCUGUCAGGCUAGGUAGGGGAUGCUGGGGCCUCCCUCAGGGUGCUGGCCACUAAGUGGUUCCCCUGCUAAGCUGAGCAGUGGCUCAGCUUCUCACACCUCCAAGCUGGGCUGGCGCAGCCCAGAACUCACCCAGGGGCCUGGUCUGGGGUCUCCCUGGAGGCUCCUAGUAACAAACAGCCCCUCCCCUUCUGGGUGCUAGUAUCCAUGGCAACGGUAUAGAGCCCUUCCCUCCCAGGCCUGCUUGGAGGUCCGGCCUCAGGUGAGUGCUGGGGGUAGGGCCCUGAACUGGGGGUACAAGAGAGAGAAAGAGGGACACCACAUCACAGGCAAAGGGCCAGCACCUGGGUGGCAGGGGGACAUGCCAGGGAUAUGUCAGGUGGUGACCUGCUGCCCCAUCCUGGUCAGAAACACACAGGUGUGGACAUCCACAUGUGGGUCUCUUCAGAGAGCGACGCUCUGUGAGCAGUGGUGCCGCCUGGGCUGCUCCAACCUGUGUGGCCACACGAGGCACACAUAGCCAACUUGGGACCCCCACCCCUCCGCUCCUGAAGAACAUUGGGAAUGGCCCCCAAGCCUGGCCAGGGGGUUGAAGAAGCCGAGGAAGACGCUCUCCUGUGCCCCACAGAGCGAGAGUCUGUCAGUGGUCACCUGGGACCUCCAGCAGGCGCACCUGCAGCCCCCGAGACCCCCACAUGCCUGCCAGACACCACGCCCCACCCCACACGGGCGGCCUGCUCUGCUGACCUGCAGUUGGCUCUUGAGUCCCUGGACCCUCGCACACUGCGGCUGCUGUGGAGGCAGCGAGAACUGGAGAUCCAGGCCUUGCGGUGGGCCGUCCAGAAUGGCAAGGACACCCGGCUCUGCCACAUCCUGGAGGAGGUGGCAGGGAUUCCACCCAACAGGAGCUCCCACAGCCAGGAGAAGUUCCUGCAGAACCAGGUCCAGAAGCUGACCCUGCAGUUGAAGGAACAGAAGGAGCGAGCCCAGUGGGUGAGGCGGGGGCACAGGGAGUGGGCAGGGUCGUGGUGUUGGGGAGCCAGGCUGGGGCUGGCCUGGGGGCCUUCUGCAGAAAACCCCCACCACCACCACCCACGGGCCCUCCCGGAGCAGGAGAAGGAGCACCUGGAGGAGCGGCUAUUGCAGACCACCCGCACGCUCCAGGAGGUGGAGGCCGAGCUGCAGAACUUGCAGAAGUCCUGCCUCCUGCAGCUGGCCCGCUCCUCGUGGGUGGGCCGCAUCCUAAGAUCCCAGACUGGUAGUGUGGAGGUGGUGACAGCAGAGACUCUGAUGGACCCAAGUGACCUCUCUGAAAACAUUCAGGCCCCCACUGGGGAGGGCUUUCGGCUGGAGGACGUGGACUGGAACAGCAUUGCCCACCGGCAGCCCCGGCCCUGGCCACAGCUGGACACGGGGAGCUCAGAGUCCUCUGGAAAGCACUCUGAGCGGCAUCACAAGACGGUGGAGUGGGGCUGCCUGCCCUGUCUGAACACCAGCAGCUCAGGGGGCGCUGACUCCGACUCCAGCAGCUGCCGGCCAGGCCUGCCUUCCCUCGUGCAGGUGGUAGGGCACCCACCCCGGGACCACCGUGCUUCCUCCAAGCAGGCGCUGGUACAGGCCAGGAGCUCCAGCAGGGACUUGGAAGAUCUCCAGAAAACCCACUCACGCAGGCACGGAGAGCCAGUCCUGGCGCCCCAGCCCUGCACAGACCCUGACGGUCGGAGCCCGGAACACCUGCAGAGCCCGACAGGCCUGAAGAUCGUGGCCGUGAGCUGCCGGGAGAAGUUCGUCCGCAUCUUCAACCCGUCGCUGGAGAGCACGGCCGACCUGAGCUGCAUGGUGCUGAAGCAGCUGGUGCGCGGCUUGCCGGAGCGCCUGUACCGCUUCCCGCCGGGCACGCUACUGGCCCCGCGGCACCACAUCACGGUCUGGGGCGAGGGGACCCGCAGCGCCAAGAAGCCGCCGCGCGCGUCCUCGGGCCGGGAGCCCGUCCCCCUCCUCUCCAGCCGCGGCUGCGCCACGCUGCUCCUGAGCCCCAAGGGCGAGGUCCUCAGUGAGCACCGGAUCCCACGCCGCGAGACUCCGGCCCGGAGGGUCUUCGAUGACGGCACCGACUUGUCCACUGACCGCUUCCCGCUCCCUGAAGUCGGGCCCGGCGCUGACACCUGCCAGCCGCCGCGCCCACCUCGACCCCUGCGCAAAGGCCGGGUGCGGGAGCCCCGGGUCAGUCGCCGGAGACCAGGGACGCGGGGCCUGCUGCCCCCAAUGAGCUCGGGGAAACUCUUCCACGCGCGGGAGGGGCCCGCGCGGCCCGAGAUCCCCGAGAUCCCCGCGCUGCAGCACCUGCCCACCAUCCCAGGUGACCCCACCCUGCCGUCGCCUCCCGCAGAGGCCGGGCUGGGACUGGGUCGGCUCCAGAAGGAGCACCGAGUUCGGGUGUGCCGGAGGAGCGUGGACCGGAGCUGCCCCCUGGUGGCCCUGUCGGUGCAGAGCACGGCGGAGAGCAGAUUCGGCUUCCGCUUCCUCAGCUGCCUGCCGGUCACUGCGGACACCUGCCGCGGCGCCUAGGCGCGGAGGAGCGGGUAGGGACCGCGAGGGAGGGUGUGGGCGGGCGCGGGGGCUGGACGGGCUGUGUCCACUGCAUCAUUUAUUGAACCAACGUGGCCUACAAAGUAAACCGCAUUUCUGUA